ACUGUUUUUUUCUCGCUUCUUUCUUUGUUCUUCUUCUUCUUUCUCUGGAAAUCUUAAAGUUUUGAAGAGUUGAAUCGCUAUGGUCACCAAAAUCCCAGCCUUGGGAGCAAUAUACAUUGAAUCAUGCAGGAGGUACGGUGUCGCACCGAACUCUGGAUUUUUAUCUUCUCUCUUUAAGGCUGAUGUUAAAAGAUCCCAUCAUGAGGUAUGUAUAAUGGAGGUUUUAUUGGACCAUGUGAAGGAUAUUGAUUUUCACCCUCUCCUUGAAGUGACUACGAGAAUCAGUGAAUCUGAGAUUGAAGCAGUUGAUGUGCUCAAUGAAUCAUCUUGUGCAUUGAAUGGAGAAUAUGCUUUGUUACUGAUGCGAUCUAUUGGUCAGAAACUUCGAAUAGUUGAUCUCCAGGAUUUAUCAUUUGGGAAGGACUUCUUGCGGGAUCUUUCUCAGCGAGGUCUACAAUGCCAAGUUCUAAACUUGAGGUCUUCGCAUUUUCGGAAGCUCAACUUGGUGGGUGAAUUUAUGUGGUUGCACUCCCUUAACCUUGACUAUAGCACUACUCUCAGUAGCUUCCGUGAGGAUUGUUUUUCUUGCAUGCCGAAUCUGAUGUGUCUCUCAAUGUGUGAGACCAGAGUUUCCAACUUAUGGACUACAAUUGCCGCACUUUCCAAACUUCAUUCGCUGGUGGAGCUUAGGUUUCAAAAUUGGUUAUGCUGCAAUGAUGUUGGCUCCUCUGGAUCAUCCAGUGGUGAUGAUCAACCUGGACCCAGCAGUCAGCCAAACAAUGUUUCUUUCCCUGGGAUGCCACCUGUUAGUCUUGAUAUACUUAUAGAUCUUGAUGUCGUGACUGAAAAUGCAAUAAGAAAUUUGCUUCCAUUCAGUAUGAAUCAGAAUUUUCAAAGCACAAAUGAGGAGUCUUCAGAUGAUAGUGAAAUAGACUUUUCUAUUCACCUAGAGAAUUCUCACAUGUACGCAUCAUCCAAUGCACCUCCUGGGUGGAACAGAGAAAGUAAUCUACUGACUGAGGUUUCUUCUUCUGCAUUGUCAAAUCAAAAUGGAGUAGAGUCUUCUGAGGGUGCCUCCUCCUCAGGGCAUGUUGCAGAUGCUUCAUUCAAGUACAUUUCUGAACAUGCUUCACCAAUAUGCUGUGAGAAACAUUAUAGGGAGUACAUGAUAGCUUCAAUACCCCAGUUGAAAGUUUUGGAUAACUUACCUAUCAGAAAUAUUGACAGAGAAAUGGCUAAUAGGACUUAUUUUAAACAUUUUGAAUCCCUUCCUUAUAGAAGAUACGAUAAAGAAAAUGUCGUUAGUAUAUUGCAGAAGCGUGAAACUAGAGCAAAGCACUCUAACCUACGAAUACGAAAGCAAAUGCCAUUAGAUCCUGCUGGGAAGUCACCAUAUUUUUAUACCCGAUCUCUUUGUGCUGCAAAAAUGGGUUCUUCAGCUUGGCCAUGUCUGCAUUCACUGUCUAUCACAAGCAGCGGUUUGGGAGAUGAAAACAGGAGCUUUCGUCCAAGGCAGUUUGAGUAUCAUCCAACUAACUCCGGCCUAAUGGUGUUUGGAACUUUGGAUGGUGAAGUCGUUAUUGUCAACCAUGAAAAGCAGAAAAUUGUUAGUUACAUUCCUUCACUUGGAGCAAUGAAUAGUGUGUUGGGGCUCUGUUGGCUCAAGAAGUAUCCCUCGAGGCUGAUAGCUGGUUCAGAUAAUGGCUCGCUGAAGCUGUAUGAUAUUCAGCAUUUCCCAUCAACAUCCAACAUCAUGCAUGCUGGUUAUGGUUCUGUCACCUUUGAUGAGUUUGACCAAUUAACAUCUGUUCAUGUUAACUCUACGGAUGAACUCUUUCUUGCAAGUGGGUACUCAAAAAACGUGGCUCUGUAUGAUAUCAACAGUGGAAUACGGUUACAAGUGUUCACCAAUAUGCACCAAGAACACAUUAAUGUAGUCAAGUUUUCGAACCAUUCUCCGACAGUUUUUGCCACUUCAUCAUUUGAUCGGGAUGUUAAAAUGUGGGACUUGAGACAGAACCCGAGUAGGCCUUGCUACACAGCUUCAAGCUCUAAAGGAAAUGUGAUGGUCUGCUUCUCACCAGAUGAUCACUGUCUUCUCGUCUCAGCUGUUGACAAUGAGGUCACACAGCUUCUAGCUGCUGAUGGACGCCUUCACCUGGAUUUUAAUAUACCCACUACUGGCAGCUCCCUAAAUUACACUCGGUCCUACUACCUGAAUGGUAAGGACUAUAUCAUAAGUGGGAGCUGUGAUGAACACGUUGUCCGAGUUUGCUGUGCCCAAACUGGGAGACGUCUGAGGGAUAUUUCCUUGGAGGGAAAAGCUCCGGGGAGUUCAAUGUUUGUGCAGUCAUUGAGGGGGGAUCCCUUUAGGGCUUUCAACAUGAGCAUCUUAGCGGCCUAUACUCGACCAAGCUCGAAAUCCGAAAUAGUCAAGGUCAAUUUGCUGGCUUCUUCAGUGUGUAACAAGGAAUCAUCUCCUGGUGGGAGCACUUUCCUAUUCAAUAGCAUGGGAGGUUAAUUUAUUCAACAUUCAAAAGCUCGCAUUAUCUAUCAUGCUACCUUAUCAAACUGUAAGUUGAGCAAUCACAGUUUAUACAGGUUAGAACAUAGUGUAUGUUAAACUGAGAAGCAUCGUAAAAUCUAUAUACAAGGAUCAUUAUCGAAUAUAUCGGCGAUCGAAGCUCUUUUAACUCCACAAACGGAAUU